AGCAGAGCAAAAUCCUUCAUAAUGCGACCUCCGUUCAAUUCCUUCCAGCCUCAAGCUCGUCCUCAUCGACCGCAACAUCAACAACAACAACAACAACAGAACAAUGGGUAUUCUAAUCACCACCAACAACACAAUGGGUAUCAGAACCCAAUGAACUCUAAUCAAUUAGGGAUGAUGAAUCCACAGAUGAUGAGUAAUCCAAUGAUGGGUCACAUGAACAAUCCUAUUCCAGUGCCCAAUAUGCCAAUACAUCCUCAGUUCUUUAACAAUAUGCCUCAACAACAACUUCAUCAGUUUGCUAUGCCCAACCAUAUCAACCAGUUACUUCCCAAUCUCUUGGGGAAUCUUCAGUUUGCAGUUGCUAAUAGUAACCUUAUGGGUCACUCUCUUCCCAAUUUGUUCCAGCCUAAUCUUGAACAUCCUGCUUUCACUUCUCGACCACAGCUUAAUUCCUUUAACUCUCUUCCUUAUCCUCCGGUUCCAAAUCACCAAUUGCGGCCUCUGGGUUUCUCAGAGCCAAGACCACAGGGGCAGUCAGUAGGAAUUGUCGAUAACACCAAUGGUUCCGGUCCUAAAAGCAAUGAUUUUCGAAAUAAGUUUCCAAAGCAUCAAAAUUUCAAAGGACCUGGUCAAGGAUUCCAGAGACCUCAGUUGCAUCAAGCAGAUAAUGGAAAGAGAAAGUCUGGAUUCAAUAAGGAUCACAGGGGCAAAGGGAACUAUAAUAAGAUGAAAAAUGGGCUCGAUGGAUCUGAUACUGGUAACAUAGCUAAGGAGAAGAAAAGAUCAUAUGCUUUGAUGUAUACACCAAAAGAUGUUCACCAAUGGCGUGAAGCUCGGCGUAAGAAUUUUCCAACGAGGCUCAAUGUCGAAAAGAAAGUAAAGAAAAAUGUUUCAGCCGGCAUCCUUGACGAGGAAGCAAAAAUGCGUCGUCAGCAACUCCGGGAAGUUCUAGCAAAGCAGGCUGAGUUAGGUGUUGAAGUUGCAGAAGUUCCUUCACAUUAUUUAUCCAAUACAGAUGAACAAGUUCGUGGAGAUAAUGGAGACAACUAUGGAAAUUUUCAACACAAGAAUGGGCAAAAGGGAAAAUUCCAGAACAAUAGACAUAAGAUGAGAAGACAUGGUAAAAAAGACAAGUUUGAUAAGAAACCAAGACUCGAUGGCAAAAAUUCAUCUCAAGAAUCUCCCAUGACGACUAAAAAACCUACAUUGCUUGAGAAGCUCCUAAGCGCAAACAUAAAGAGAGACAAAAUCCAUUUAUUACAGGUCUUCCGCUUCAUGGUAAUGAAUUCAUUGUUGGAGGAGUUUCCAGAGCAACCUCUGAAGUUACCUUUGAUUACGGUAGAAGAAACUGGCUGUGAACAUGCUAUGGAAGAUCCGUCAAUUGACGCUUUAUGCGAUGACCUUAGUGAUGACGAUGAUGAUGAUGUUGAUGUGGGUGAUAACUCAUGUGAUGAAGAUGUUGUUGCUUAAGUUUGUAAGAUCAAAACAUGAGUACAAGGAUUUGUGAUAUUGAUCUAAUAUGUGUUCCCUUUUUGAAGAUAUGUUGUCCGCAGGAAACAGUACGAUAAAGAACCUGAUACAUGGAACAUUGAGAGUAAAAAUAAAUUAUAGUUUGUUUC